AUGAACGAUUCAAGGUCGGAUUCGGAAAGAUCAGUAAGAACAUGGAGCAUAUACACAACUAAGGAUGGUUCAGGGUCAUCGAUGAAUGCGAUCUCGUUUGGGUUUGUUGCGACGGCGAUAUUGAUAUCAAUGUUCCUCAUAAUGGCAAUAUUCGAGCAUCUCUUCAGGCCUGAUCAAUCCUCUUCUCUCGAUGGGUCUGCUCAAUGCCAGAAACUUGCUGAACACGCUUCUAAGGUUCCGGUAACUACGUCUGAUGUGUCGGUGAUGAUGCCAGGAGAAAAGCUGCCGUCACACAUAGCACUUCCGGCGCCGUUUUCUUGCCAGAUAGAAGGAAUUUGCUGGCCUUCUCACCUAUAA